GUGGUAAACCUGGUUGGCUCUCCUCCCCACCGCCUCUGCACUCCACCCUGACCUUAGACUGGAGAAGAGAUGUCGCUCUGUACCUCUGAUAGCAUAGACUGGCUUAAUGUUUAGCCUAGGGUCUUAACACACACACACACACACACACAUAGACACAACGAGGCAGACCGGGAAGCAGUAUAAAAGGCAAAGUAACCACAGAGACAUACACGGCUCAGGGAUGGAGUCAGGAACACUACACGUAAGGAGGGUACUAGGCGGUAAAACUUUGGCAUGCUUUUGUGGCACAGCCGAUGCCAUGCAGGGCUACGGGCCAGAAGGUUGAGGGUUCGCAGACCACCACCGACAAGUUAACUCUCCCUACCUGUUUCAUUACACUACGAUCAGAGCCGGCUGCAGACAAUGAUCAGCUUGAGGCUGGUGAUGACGAGGAGGCCCCACCAGAGCCACCAGAGCGGGUGACCCAUCGUCCCCUGUCCCCUCUGGCCCGCCUCUAUGUCUACGCCCUGCACGGCUGCCUGUGUGAGGUGGGCUUCACCGCUGUAUGGGACUGGUGGGAGACCAAGGACAGGAGGCUGGCAGGACACACCAGUCUUUGGGCCCUCCCCAUGUACGCCUUGGCCAUCUUCCUCAUAGAGGGCCUGCGUGGCAGGCUGUUGGCCCAACGCUGCCCCCUGCUCCUGCGCAUGCUGGUCUACACCCUGUUCAUCUACCUGUGGGAGUUUAGCUGGGGCGUGGUGCUGAGCUUUCUAGGAGCCUGUCCAUGGGACUACUCUGGGUUUAGCUAUAACCUGGCAGGGCUGGUGACUCUGGAGUACGCCCUGCCCUGGGCCCUGGCCUCACUAAUAGCAGAGCAGCAUGUCAUCAGAAAAACUCUGAGAGUACGACUGACUAACUGAUGACUCUUUAUAGAGGAUUACCAAGUCAUACAGUCUCACCUACGUCCUAUUAUAUACACAGCAUACUUAAGCAAUAAGGCCCGAGGGGGUGUGGUAUAUGGCCGUUCUUAGAAAAUAAGGGAAAGCCGCACACUCUAAGAGCUUAGAUGCAAAAAUGUAAUAACCAACGUUUCGACAGCAAAGCUGUCUUCAUCAGGGUAUCAUCACAAACACUGCGAGAUGAGUCAUUUAUAUAGUGUCAAGAGACACACAGGUGUUUGUAAUCAUGGCCAAGUGUGGCCUAAUAUCAUUGGUUAACUCAAAUAUUUAAAAAAAAUGG